AUGGACUACAUAAAGAAGGCCAUUUGGGGGCCCGAUCCUAAGGAACAACAGAGGAGGAUCAAGUCAGUGCUGAGAAAAAAUGGCCGAAAUAUAGAUAAAUCAUUACGGGAACUCACUGUCUUGCAGAAUAAGACGCAGCAACUUAUCAAAAAAUCGGCUAAAAAGAAUGAUGUUAGGACAGUUCGACUCUAUGCUAAAGAGCUGUACCAAAUCAAUAAACAGUACGAUAGAAUGUACACUUCCAGGGCUCAGUUAGAUUCUGUUCGAAUGAAGAUAGAUGAAGCGAUCAGAAUGAACGCUUUGUCGAACCAAAUGGCUGACAGCGCGGGCUUAAUGAGAGAAGUUAAUUCCUUAGUGAGAUUACCUCAAUUGAGAAAUACGAUGAUUGAAUUAGAAAAGGAAUUGAUGAAAUCUGGUAUUAUAAGUGAAAUGGUGGACGAUACCAUGGAGAGUGUUGGGGAUGUAGGAGAAGAGAUGGACGAAGCUGUUGACGAAGAAGUUAAUAAGAUUGUUGAACAAUAUACGAACGAGAAAUUCAAGAAUGUUGAUCAAGUCCCAACUGUAGACUUACCAGCCCAUGAGGAAGAGCAAGAAAUACCAGAUCAGAAAGUUGAUGAAGAAGCAGAUAGGAUGGUAAAUGAAAUGCGUGAAAGGCUCAGAGCUUUGCAAAACUAG